AGAUAGCAGUUUGAUUGAAUGACUAAAUGACUUGUCUAAAUUAAAACCCAGGAAAACACUAAACUAUUACGAAAUUAUAAAAACAAUUAUUAAACAGUACAUUCGAAGUAUUCAAAACUCAAUAUUAAGGUGAAAUUGCUGCUGUAUUAAACCAAAUUAUGGCGGGAUAUUUUGAAGAAAUGGGAUGGGCAGAACUUGAAGAUGGACAACAACCUAAUCAUUUACUGGAUAUGGCAAGAUUUCUUAUUGAUUUUGGAUUAUAUGAAGACAAUUUUACUGGAGAAUGGCCAAGGCUACCUCCUCCAGCAUCAAAAGAGGCUGUUCAAAGUUUAGCAGAUGUCACAGUAGAAACUGAUGACAAAAGCUGCCCUAUAUGUUUAAAAAAAUUCAAUAUUGGAGAUAAGGCAAAAGAAAUGCCUUGUCAUCAUCAGUUUCACGCUAAGUGUAUAUUGACUUGGCUGGACAAGACAAAUUCAUGUCCAUUUUGCAGACAUGAGCUGCCAACAGAUAAUGAAGGGUAUGAAGCAUUCAAAAAGGAGAAAAAACGUGCUGAGCAAAGGAAAGAAGAUAUUGAAACACUCCACAAUUCUAUGUUCAGUUGAUUGUAUUUAUGUAGUGUAAAAUACAGUACAGUACAGUUUUCAUAUAUUUUGUGAUGAAGACAUCAAUAAUAGGAUAAUUUAUUUAAAUAACUCAAGUACCUUUAUAAAUAUGUUAUACUUCUAUCAUUUCCAAGUAGUACAUAAUGUGUGUAUUCUGUGUGUAUCAACAUACACCAUACUGUAUGCAUCCAUCUACUAUGUUUUUACCUGACUAGCAAAA